AUGCACAGAACUUACUCCUUGAGAUCUCAGAAGGCUCCCACCGCUGCUCAAUUGCAGUCGCCCCCACCUCCACCAUCCUCCACCAAGUCCAAGUUCUUCGGUAAAGGCGGCAUCACCUCCACCUUCAGAAAGAACUUGGCUGGUGCCACCGGUCCUGAGUUGCUGAGAAAAUUGGCUCAAUUCAUUAAGAUGGAGAAGAACGUGAUGAGAGCCAUCGAAUUGACUGCCAGAGAGCGUCGUGAAACCGCCAAGCAGUUGUCCCUUUGGGGUGAGGAGAACGACGAGGAUGUCUCGGACGUUACCGACAAAUUGGGUGUUUUGAUUUACGAGAUUGGUGAGUUGGAAGACCAGUUCAUUGACAAGUAUGACCAGUACAGAAUCACCUUGAAGACAAUCAGAAAUAUUGAAUCUUCUGUCCAGCCUUCGAGAGACAGAAAGCAGAAAAUCACCGAUGAGAUUGCUCACUUGAAGUACAAGGACCCUCAAUCGCCAAAGAUCUCUGUCUUGGAGCAGGAAUUGGUCAGAGCGGAGGCUGAAUCUCUCGUUGCUGAGGCCCAGUUGUCCAACAUCACCAGAGAGAAGUUGAAGGCUGCUUUCAACUACCAGUUUGACGCCAUUAGAGAAUUGGCUGAGAAAUACGCUCUCAUAGCCGGUUACGGUAAGGCUUUGUUGGAGUUGUUGGACGAAUCCGCUGUCACCCCAGGUGAGACCAGACCAGCUUACGACGGUUACGAGGCCUCUAAGCAGAUCAUCAUUGACGCUGAGAACGCUUUGGCUUCGUGGACUCUUGAUGCUGCUGCCGUCAAGCCAACCUUGUCCUUGCACCAAGGUGAAGAGGGCGAGGAGCCAGAGGCUUCUGAGUUGUACGAGGCUGAGGAGGAGUUUGCUAAGCACGAUGACACCAACAACGGUGUUGCCGCUUAG